AUGGAUGUGAUGGAGGCGAUGAAGAACGAGGGCAACGCUCUAUUUCAGCAGCAACGCUUUGAUGAGGCUGUGCGAGUCUACACCUCCGUACUCGAUAAGCUGCGAGACUCCGGUCCUGUUGAUGAAACCGCCGCACGACUCGAAAUUGCAGUGCGACUGAACCGCGCGUGGGCAUGGGUCCAAAUACCUAACGACGAGAGUAGUGAGGCCACGCUAGCUGCAGCGGAGCAGGACUGCAGCUCUGUGAUUGCAAAGGAUGCGUCUUGUGUAAAGGCAUUUUACCGACGAGCACUUGCACGAGAGCGCAGAGGGCAGUGGAAGCUGGCAAUAGAGGACGCAUCGGCAGUGAAGCAACUUGAACCUGGUAACCCUUCCAUUGCUCCGUUGCUGGAGCGGCUGCAACAGCGCAAUCAGGAGGAGGACGAGUUGACACCGAACUUUCAACAGUGUACACUCAAUAAUGUUGCCAGCACCACCUCAUCGUCGUCAAAUGCACUUGCUGGCGAGGCUGAAGAUGCAUGGAAAUCCCUGCAAGCAGCUGAAAUUGAUCUCCUGAAUGUUUAUUCUAAAAAGCGGCCAUCGAUGGCACGUCGCAAGCAGAAGGAACCUCAGAAAGAUAAACGGGAGAUCUCGCAGAAGACGGAUGACCUAUGGGAAUCACUGAGGUGUGAGGAGAUUACAACAGUCGCUAAAGCUUUUCCUCGGUCGAAGAAGGGAGCUUCUAUUGAGUAAACUACAGUGUUAGACUGCCAUCAAUGCAGAAUAAAAGACGAUGACAAUAAAUUCUAU